GCAGUGGCCAUAUUUGUUGAUGUGUCAUAUCAAACUGACUUGUUGGUGCUAUCAGCUGUUAAGGUAGCAAGCUCAGAGUUCACCCUUUUCCUGAUUGCCUCUCAUUUCAUUCACACCAUGAUUACAUCGCAUUAGGUUUGAAGCAGAGAGGGACCAUGGAGCAGCCUGGUCAAAUGUUGCAUACACACACGUUGAGGGGAUCAGAAGAUGAGUCUUCGUCGGUUGAAUCUCUUACUAUGAAACAGCUGCAGAACAGCAAAUCCAGUCCAGAAAAUGAACAGGACAUCUCUCACGUCAACCCAGAUAGAUCGGAUGCCGAUGCAAGUGAUGACUGUCAUGACUGUGGAAAUUUGACAACUGCAGAAAACACUUCUAAUAUUGUAGUGGAAAGCCCUGUUGUUGUUUCACAAGGGACAGUAGAAACACAGACCUCUGAUGACAUUAAGGAUUCUAAUGCCAUCAAUCUAAAUAUCCAUGAGCAGCCAUCAGCCUUGGUAGCCAAUUGUUCCACAGAAGUUGAGAAUAGUGGUUUGGCUGAAAGUUCGACACUGUCUUCUGUCCAAAGUACUUCCACCACAGAUUCAACAACCACCUCUGGGAUCUCUAAUGGCCCCUCUACACCUAACUCUGAUAUUAUCAGCUCUUCACUUGCUUCCAGCCCUCAAAUCAGUGCCAAAACCUCAGUCCCAUUGCAUUCCAUGUCAAGCCCAUAUGACACUGAUUGCAGCAGAAAGCUUAUUUCCCAGAUAGAGCGUUCGUUGUCACAGGAGUCACUACUGGAUGAGCUGGAGUCAGAGCUGCUGGCUUGUCGGCUGCCUGAGGGUGAGAGCGGAGGUGGAAGAAAAGGGAAUCCUCCUGUCAAUGGACUCUCCAAAGACCAGGAGGGCUGCAUGGUGGUAUUUGAAAAGUGUGUACAGUACAAGUAUGCACAGCAAGAGAAAGCUAUUCAAGGGUUGCUUGAAGAGAACAAGAGGCAUCAGGAGCUGAUCCUGGGUAUAUGUUCAGAGAAGGACAACAUGAGGGACGAGCUGAAAAAGAGGGCAGAAACAGAAAAGCUGCACAUGCUCACGAUUCAAAAGUUGGAAGGCAGAGUGGAGGAGCUAAUAAAAGAGCUGAGGGAGUCCAGGGAUAAAUUCAUUCACCAAGACCAAGCCGCUAAGGCUGCCCUCCAGCAGAUGCAGAAGGAGACGGCAUACCGGCUGGAACAGGCAAAUAAGAAGUGCGAAGAGGCACGACAAGAGAAGGAGACCAUGGUGAUGAAAUAUGUUCGGGGCGAGAAAGAGGCACUCGACCUGAGACGCGAUAAGGAAAGUUUGGAGAAGAGGCUGAGGGACGCCACCAAGGAAGUAGACCGCCAGGCACUGCGAGGAAACCAGCUGGCUCAGGAGAAGGGGCGGCUGCAGCAGCUGUAUGAGGCCAAGGAUGGUGAGGUCGGCAGAUUGUCUCGGGAGGUAGAAAAGUUAAAGGAUGAAAUUAACUCGCACCUUAUUAAAGUCAAAUGGGCCCAGAACAAACUGAAAAGUGAGGCGGAUGCACACAAGGAAACGAAAGACAAACUGAGAGAGACCACCACCAAACUGGCCCAAGCCAAAGAGGAGACUGAGCAGAUCCGCAAAAACUGCCAGGACAUGAUCCGAACUUACCAGGAGUCCGAGGAGCUCAAGUCCAAUGAGCUGGACGCUAAACUGAGGCAGACAAAAGGGGAGCUGGAGAAACACAAGCAGGAACAAACGGACCAAUUAGAGGUUCACAGAGUGAAGGCUAAAGAGCUGGAUGAUCUCAAGAGGAGUUACAAAGAGGGCAUGGAUGAGCUGACGACCCUGCGCACCAAGCUGAAGUGUCUAGAGGAUGAGCGCCCACGCUGGGAGGACGAGCUGACCAAAUACCGAGAGAUCAUCAACCGGCAGAAAGCUGAGAUCGGCCGCCAGAGGGAAAAGCUGGAGGAGAUCGCCGUCCUCCAGGAGCAGCAGCAGCGUGACAAGCAGGAGAUCUCCUCUCUUCGCGAGGAAGUGGACAGCCUGACCAACCAGAUGGCUGACCUCCAGCGUGACGUCCAAGGCAGCAGGGAGCGCGAGGCCGAGUUGCUGGGCUUCACUGAGAAGCUGAGCAGCAAGAACGCCCAGCUCCAGUCGGAGAGCAACGCGCUGCAGACCCACGUGGAUCAGCUCGUCAGGAGUUUGUCAGAGCUGCAGGCGAAGCUGGAGGAGACUGACAGACUAUUAGAUGACAAGUCGCGGCAGCUGAAACAAGAGGAGGUGCUGCGGCAGCAGGAGGUGCGGGGCCUGCAGGAGGAGCGGGCCGCGCUGCAGGCCGAGGUGACGCACCUGAAGACCAGAGUCGAGGAGCUGAGGGAUGAACUGGUGACUCAGAAGCGGAAACAAGCCGCCAACAUCAAGGACCUGACGAAACAACUAACGCAAGCGCGUAAGAAACUGGAGCAAGUUGAGAAUGGAGGCUGUGACAGGGAGGUCAGCAGCAUGGGCAGUCGUUCUAGUUCCUCAGGUACUGCUCCUGGCUUUGGUUCGCUGAACGCCCGCCACACUGGGAACUGUGGUGUCGAGGAGCGCUCACCUGAGAGCCAGGCGGGUCCUUCUGUGGCGGUGGUGGACAGUUUCCCAGAAGUCGACAAGGCCGUGUUGGUGGAGCGCAUCGUGCGCCUGCAAAAGGCUCUGGCUCGCAAGCAGGAAAAAAUCGAGUUCAUGGAGGAUCACAUCAAGCAGCUGGUGGAGGAGAUCCGCAAAAAGACCAAAAUUAUUCAAAGUUAUGUGCUAAGAGAGGAGACGGGGGCCCUCUCAUCAGAGGCGUCGGACAUUAACAAGGCGCAUCUAGGCCGGCGGGGGGGCAUCAUGGCCUCGCUCUACACGUCCCACCCGGCCGACAGCGGCCUAACGCUGGACCUGUCGCUGGAAAUCAACAGGAAGCUGCAGGCUGUGUUGGAGGACACACUGCUGAAGAACAUCACUCUGAAGGAGAACCUGCAGACACUGGGGGCGGAGAUCGAGAGGCUCAUAAAGCAGCAGAGGGAUCCCGAGGAUGGAGUGAGGAGGAAGUGACGCGAGCAUCAACAACCACCUGACCAACCUCGUGGACCGAAGCAACGUGUGUGUGUGUGUGUGUUAAGUGCCAGUAGCACCUCAGCCUUCCGUUCUGGGAUUCACCUUCUGUCCAGGGUUUGCUCCAGCACACGUCCAAACUUUACUUGAAGUGUCAUAACUCCAUCCACUUUAAACAACGCGUCGUCUUUUGUUUGACGUCCAUCUCCGCUGAGCUUUUGCUGUGGUAGCUUUUUGAGUUUCAGCCUCGUAAACUAAUUACCUGAACUUUAUCAUUUGAAUGUAUAGCGGAUUCUGUCCUCCACACAGUCUCCUGAUGUCCAUCUGCCAAUAAGCCAAAUGUAUUUUUCUUCAUUGUGACCACACGGCACUCGGUAUGUGACGCAAAAGUGCUUUUGCGCUACCCCCCCCCCUUUUUUUUUUUUAACGCUGCACAGCACUUACAGACGAGCUGGUGAAACCGGGUCCCUCGCAUCAGCAGAGCAGCCCAUCUGUGUGACACCGGUGUUACACUUAAAGAGGCCGACCAGCUGUAUCAGUCCUCCUGCGUGAAAUCUGAAGAACAAAAGCUGGUCUUUGACGAUGCCCAUUCUGAAUGUGAUGUUGGUUGACUUGUUUUUUAUUUUUUUAAUCCAAUCUGUCUAAUGUGUCAUUAUUAUUAUUAUUAUUAUUAUUAUUAUUUUCCAGUUUCCAGAGAAGAAAUCUUAGAUUAUGAAUUUUUGCAUGACGCAUAUUUCUGUUUCUUGCAGAAUUAAAGAAACUAACCAUUUUGUCCAGUGAGGGAAAAGACUCAAAUGCUGAAGUCUGUUGUAGUAAACCAUCUGUAGAAGAGUCGGGUGUAGCUCAGGAACGCCUAUGGAACCUACAGACCAAUAUCCAGGGUCAACGUGCAAUGCAGUUCUUUUUAAUCUUCUUUUUAUUUUUUCCCACCUGAACGUUCGUGCGCCAGUAUACGGUUUGUCGAAGCGUAAGGCUCGUGUCUGUGCAACGCGCCGCUGUGUGAAUAUGCCACUCGUGCGACUGCAUGGCUGCUCUUGUGCCUUGUUAACCUCUCGAGCUUUCCUCGCAGGCUGCCACCAGGCUGAGCAUGAAGCGGGUUCCAUCUAGAGAGUCUGACUUUAACAUCAGUCGCCGCACGUGAUCACGUCUACGUCUCCGUUUAGUUUGUCAGUCACUCGCGCCGAUGGGAGGUUUUCACGCCCCCGCCCUCUCAAAAAUAACCUCAUACGCUGCAUUGAAAUCGGCUGUUGUGUGAAGACAGGUGAAAGUGUGCAGGAUUAAGGCCGUAGAGUCCUUAAAGCCUCCUCACGGCUGCAGGCGGGAAUCCGUGUUUGAUGUACCUUCACUUCAUGUGAUGUGGGAUCAGUGGGAAAACGUGCAGCCGCCGGAGCCUGAUAUGACGUCUCAAUUCAGCCGGAUACUGAAACUCCGCAACCUUUGCACCAGAAGCAUUGAGCACGGGUUCACGAAUGUUCAGUCGAGGCGGUUAGUUGAAACGCACGCGUCUUCAAUCUGAUGGUCGUUCGCUUUCGUCACCGAUUGUUCCGAUCCGGUCGCAGCCUCUAAUGUCCGGCUGUACUGGAACCAAGCCAUGCUGCAGCACUGUGUGGGUGAAUGUAAAGGGCCUCAUGCUUCACUGAGCGGAUAUGAAGAAGCGGUGUUCAGUGUGUUGUUAAAUGUUGUGCAAUGAUUCCCCCUGUUCCAUGCAGUGGAAUAUUCAGACUGUGAUUAUAACAUACAUUUGUACAUAUGUCAUUCUGUAAAAAUAUAAGAUGUUUUUAAGGAUACAGAUUCUGUUUGUAUAUGUGGUGUUUCCAGGGAAUAAAUGAGGAUUAAUCUUUA